UCUUUCUGGUUUUUCAUUAUUGACCCAAAUAAUGGCCAUUCGAGCUUAUGUUACCAUUUUCCUCUUCUGUGUUUUCCUUGGACCGACCGUGUUCGCGUUUGACUCCAGAGACGUGAAAUCAUGGUGCAGCAAAACUCCAAACCCUACUCCGUGCGAGUAUUUCCUCACCUACGACCCGAACCAUCAACCCAUCAAAUCAGAAUCCGAGUUCCUAAAAAUAUCCGUGAAGCUGGCUCUGGACCGAGCCAUGCUGGCCAAGAACCAUGCAUUCACGUUGGGACCAAAGUGCAGAGACUCACGUGAAAAAACUGCAUGGGAAGAUUGCCUUAAGCUCUACGAUUACACCGUCUCCAAACUCAACGAAACCAUCGAUCCUCACGUCAAGUGUUCGAAAGUCGACGCCCAGACAUGGCUCAGUUCGGCUCUAACCAAUCUCGAGACGUGUCGGACGGGGUUCAUAGAACUCGGUGUGCCGGAUUUCCUCUUACCCUUGAUGUCGAACAACGUUUCCAAACUCAUUAGCAACACACUUGCCAUUAACGAAGUGCCCUUUAACUACACACCACCAUCGGAAAACGGGUUCCCGGAGUGGGUGCGACCCGGUGACAGGAAGCUUCUGCAGAGCUCAACGCCUCAGGCCAACGCCGUGGUGGCUCAAGACGGGUCAGGUAAUUUCAGGACGAUAAAAGAAGCGGUCGACUCUGCCUCGAAGCGGUCCGGUAGCGGUAGGUUCGUGAUAUACGUGAAACAAGGUGUGUAUAACGAGAACAUAGAGAUAAAGGCCAAGAAUAUAAUGUUGAGAGGUGAUGGAAUUGGGAAGACGAUUAUCACGGGGAGCAAAAGUGUUGGAGGUGGGGCGACCACGUUCAAUUCUGCCACCGUUGCUGUGGUCGGAGACGGGUUCAUAGCGCGUGGAAUCACGUUCCGCAACACCGCGGGUCCAAGCAACGGGCAGGCCGUGGCUCUAAGAUCCGGAUCCGAUCUAUCCGUGUUUUACCAAUGCAGCUUCGAAGGUUACCAAGACACUCUCUACGUCCACUCUAACCGUCAGUUUUACCGCGAGUGCGAUAUUUACGGCACGGUAGAUUUUAUUUUCGGAAACGCGGCCGCCGUUUUUCAGAACUGUAACAUUUUCGCACGCCGUCCACGCAACAAAACCAACACCGUCACGGCCCAGGGAAGAUCCGACCCGAAUCAGAACACCGGGAUCGUGAUCCACAAUUCCCGGGUCACGGCGGGGUCGGAUCUCCAACCCGUUCUGGGAUCCGUCAAGACUUAUUUGGGCCGGCCGUGGAGGCAGUACUCGAGGACCGUGUUCAUGAAAACGUUUCUCGAUGGUUUGAUUGAUCCACGUGGAUGGCUCGAGUGGAAUGGGAAUUUCGCCUUGUCGACUCUGUUCUACGCGGAGUACCAGAAUACGGGUCCGGGUUCUUCGACAUCGGGUCGGGUCACGUGGCCCGGGUUCAGGGUCUUGACGGCGGCGUCAGAUGCUUCGAGGUUUACCGUCGGCAGUUUCAUCGCCGGAAACUCAUGGAUUCCGGCGACGAACGUGCCGUUCACCUCUGGGCUCUGAUUGAUUUCAUUACAUUUGUACGGCGGCGCAAUUGGUAUUGGUUCGGGGCAUAAUUCGUCCGUCGGAAAAUAAUAAAGCCGAAUCUUAUAGAAUGUCUGUAACAGAAGAUUGUACUUUGAUUUAUUUUUUUUGGUCCUUUCAGAAAUACGAUUUUAUUUGUAUA